AAACUUUGAUUUGGGAGGGGGAGACCUGAAGAUGACAACUAUGUUUGUGUGCCUGGCAGACAUUUUCCUAACUUAACCAGACCUGCCACAUUUACCUGGUGGACAAACAGGUAAUGGGGGCGUGGCCUCACCCGUGGAGACGUGACAGAUCACUGUUUUACAUACUUAUUUGUCAGGAGGGCCAGAUGUAAACAGUGCUCCUUGAAUGGAUGAAGAAAUGAUGAUAAAAGGACGAUUUUCACCGCAUCUUAUCCCUGAAACAUCUGAACACCUCACUUCACAUGUUCUUCUGCACUAAUAGAUUGACAGGAUGGCUUUGUACGGCAGCUUUCUGUCUGACGAGCAGUUCCUGUGUUCGAUCUGUCUGGACGUGUUCACCAACCCGUCGACUACGCCGUGCGGUCACAGCUUCUGUCUGAGCUGCAUCACGAAAUACUGGGACGGAUCCAAGGUCUGUCAGUGUCCUCUGUGCAAGAAAACCUUUCAGAAGCGUCCUGAGCUUCAGAUCAGCAGGACACUUCGAGAGAUCACAGAGCAGGUCAGACCUUUGAAAGGAGGAGGAGGAGCAGGAAGAUGGAAGCUAGGAGGAAAAGGAACCACGACAGACGAGCUGGUUGACGAAUUACAGAAGAAGCUGCCUCAUAUGUUGCCGCCACCAACAGGGACCGAUGAGGCCCAAUCAACAGAUGGGCCCCUCCCUACGUUUUUGUCAUUACCUGCGUCUCCUCCCAUCAUGGCAUCCUCGGUACCCACAGACAGUACAAUCGCUGCCCUGAUCCAAACACACUUGCAGAAACUCAACUCUCAGGUCCUUCAGCCUCCUAAGUCUUCCUCCCACUACAGGAGACGGUUCACUGUGUGCGGGGCGGCAAACACCUCCAGCAUCGCCCUCUGUGAAGUCCACCACAGGGGACUAACGCUUUACUGUAAGACGGAUCAGGUUUGUAUCUGCCCUCAGUGUGAAGUCCUGGACCAUCAGGAUCACGACACAGUGACAGUCAAAGAAAAAUGGAUGGAAGAUGAGGCUCAGCUAAGGGCGUCGGAGCAGGAGAUCCAGGAGAUGAUCAGUCAGAGAAUGAAGAAGAUCGAGGAGAUCAGACAGUCAGUAGCUAAACUACAGUCGGCAGUAGAACGAGAGACGGCGGGCAGUGUGUGCUUGUUCUCUGCACUUUUUUCUGCCAUCGAACAUGCCCAGGCCGAGCUGAUGGAGGUGAUGGAGAUGAACCAGAGAGCGGCAAAGCACCAGGCCGACACCAUGAUACGACAGCUGGAGCUGGAAGUGGAAGAGCUGCAGAAGAGGAGCUUCAUCCUCUCCACGCUCACCCAAUCGGACGAUCACGUACACUGUGUCAAGACUUUCUCAAUGCUCUCUGCUCCUCCACCUACCAAAGACUGGUCUGGGGUGUCUGUGAACCUUGACCUGGGAACGGUGCCCAUCUACAAGUCGCUGGCAGCCCAGGUGGAGAAGUUCCAGAACGCACUGAAGAACAUUGCUGAAACAGGCUUUCUUGCCUCACCAUCAGAACACAGUCUGAUCCGAGUGCAGCCCAGGGUUAAAAAGAUCCAGGAUUAUGCAGUGAAUGUAACUCUGGACCCCGGCACUGCCCAUCCCAGGCUAAUCCUGUCCGAAGACUUGAAGAGUGUGCGCUGUGGAGAUCGUGUCCAGCAGCUUCCGGACAACCUGGAGAGGUUUGACAAAGUAGUCUGUGUGUUGGGGAAGGAGGCCAUUUCUACUGGGAGACACUACUGGGAGGUGGACGUGGGCGGGAAGACGGACUGGGAUCUGGGUGUGGUUCGACAGUCUAUCAACAGGAAGGGGAAGAUUGAGGUUACUCCGGAAAAUGGAUACUGGUUCCUCAGCCUGAGAGAUAAAAACAAGUAUGCCUUUCGCAAUGGACCCUGCAGAGAUUUCCAAAUGAACCUUCGGCCACAUAAGAUUGGCAUAUUUGUAGACUUCAAUAAAGGACAGGUGUCCUUCUACAACGUUGAUGCCAAAAUCCACAUCUACACUUUCAACGACACGUUCAGCGAAAACCUUUUCCCGUUUUUCAGCCCCUGCACCAAUAAAUCUGGGAAAAAUGAUGGGGCGCUCAUCAUCAUACCCGUAAACACGACCGAAUGAAAGAACAAACCCUCAAAGUUACUCAUUACUGCAGGUUCUUCUGAAUUUUUAUCUCUCCCUGUGUGCUUGCUUGAGCUGUUAAAAAAAAAAAAAAAAAAUCCUUGUCAUAAUGUUUUAUACAUUGCUUAUAAUGUGGAAGAAUGCAUACUAAUACUAUGGCAUAUUUUCAAUCAUAAAUGAUUUACUAAUCAUUUAUUCAAUUAUUCCGUUUCCUGAACAUCUACGUCUUCCUAAAUGGCAAUUCCAUAUCAUGGAAUAGAUGGGCGCCCAGAGUGCAUACUUACUUACCUGAUUUAUUGACAAAUGGAACAAAACACCCAAUAUUUUAACAUUUCUUGGUUCAGCUUUUUUUUUUUUUUGCAGAUUGAGCCUCAGAAUUAACAGUGUAUUCACAUUGUUUUAUUAAAUAUAUUUUGGGAGCAUCUCCUC